UCUGCUCCUUCUGUUCUGUUGUUUCUUGUCGUGUCGUUCGUGUUACCUUGUGUAGUUGUAGUGUUGUUGCAGCUGAUUGUGAUUUGUUUUAGUUCGAGUUGGGACACAAACUCGUGUUAAACAGUGAACUUUUAGUGCGUAUUCAAAGAAAAUUUGUGUGUUUCUUUUUAUUUUCUUGUUUUCUCACUGGUAGACCAAUGUUCUUGUUUUGAAAGUAUGUUUCUAACUUAUACCUCAUUUGCUAACUGUACAUGAAAGAUUUUCAUUGUCCGUGACGUCAUAGUUCAGUUAAAUAACUACUGUGUUUAAGCAUUUAUUGUCCAUGGCUAUUUAUUUUUGAAGAAUAUUUUGUUUGUCGAUUUAACGAGUGAUCAGUGGAAUAGGCCUAGAUGGCUCAACAGCCAACCAGUAGUGCUUUACGUGCUUUGGCCUUAGAAUAUAAGAGUUUACAGGAAGAACCAGUUGAGGGAUUUCGUGUAAAACUUGCUAAUGAUGACAAUUUAUUUGAGUGGGAAGUUGCAAUUUUUGGACCUCCAGAAACAUUGUACCAAGGAGGAUACUUCAAGGCUCACAUGAAAUUUCCACAUGAUUAUCCAUACUCUCCACCCACGAUUCGUUUCCUCACCAAAGUUUGGCAUCCUAAUGUCUACGAGAACGGAGACCUGUGCAUUUCCAUCCUCCACCCGCCCGUGGACGACCCACAGUCGGGCGAGCUGCCGUGCGAGAGGUGGAACCCGACACAGAAUGUCAGGACAAUUUUGCUGUCCGUAAUCUCGCUGUUGAACGAACCCAACACAUUCAGUCCGGCCAACGUGGACGCUUCGGUCAUGUAUCGUCGCUGGAGAGACUCGAAAGGCAAAGACAAGGAGUACGAAAACAUUAUCAGGAAGCAAGUGUCAGGUGGCCGAGCUGAGGCUGAGAAAGACGGAGUCGUGAUCCCUACAACUCUGGAGGAAUAUUGCAUCAAGACACAAGUGAAGAAGCCUGAGGCUCCAGUGGACAUGACAGACUUCUACGUAGACGACUACGACCUGGACGACGAUGACGAUGAUCUCGAGAUGUCCGGAGACGAGUACGACGACGGAGACGACAGUGGUAACGGCGAGUCAUGAUCCACGACACUCGCAUCAGAUAACACAGAAAUUCUUAGUGAAGAUUUGAGAUCUCAAGAUAAAUGUGUUAAAAAAUGUAUUAACAAUGAUAAAAUCGAGUAAAAUUUUCGUACGUUAAGUUAUAUCUGUUAUUUUCUUAUUUUUUUCGGUUCUGUAAAUUUAAUUUGUGUAUUUAUUUUAAAGUUGAAUUGAGUUGUGUAGGUUGUAAUUUGUAAUACGAGUUAGACUCUUUUUUUAAGUUUACGUUUAAGGUAGUUUAUUAACGGAUUGAAAAUAUAUUUUAGGUUUUGCAUCGGUACGCUGACAGCACCUGGCUAUAUACUUGCCUGUUUAGAUGUGUCGGGGUCGGAGUUGAUGUUUGUGUAAAGUUUGCGUAUUUCGAGUAGACUGUUCUGUGGGAGUGUACGAGCGAUCUUCUCAGCUUUUCUGCGUCCGGAUCUUAGCUGUGUUUGAAUCUUACUAUGUGAGAAUGCUGUUUAUAGUUAAUAAAGUGUAGUGUUUCUAAUAAAAAAUCAUUUAAAAACUAAUAA